AUGCGGGGCCCCACGUUCCUCCUCGCUGUUCUCGCCGCCGUACACGUGCGAGCUAGCGCCUCUUCGGAAAAGGCGCCCGAGUUCCAAACGCUCCCUUCGCUGCGCGAGCAAGCAAAGCUUCUGGAUGGCUGGACCGAGGAGCGCAUAGCGCUGAUCCCGGGCUUGCUGCGCAAGUACGGCGUUGACGCUUGGCUGAUGAGCCAGCGCGAGUACGCCGAAGACACCGUCUUCUGGGCCCUCAAAGAAGCCACCCAGUUCUCCGCGCGGCGGCGCACCACGCACCUCUUCCUGGCCUCCCCCGCCUCGGGAGCGCCGGCCCACUACUCCUGGGUCGAGAACACGGACUUCGUGUGGACCGACCUGCGCCGCAUCCUCGGGGAGCAGCAGCCUCGCUCCAUCGCGCUGAACACGCACCCCGAGAUCGCGUUUUCGGGGGGCCUGCACGCGGGGGAGCUGGACGCGGUGUUAGCCGGCGUCGGGGAGGAGUGGAGGGAGAAGUUUGUGCUGGAGCCGAUGCUGGGGGUCGAGGUCGUGGCGACGAUGGUGGAAGGCAGGCUGCCGUGGUACAGGCGGAUGAUGGAGACGGCGUGGGCGAUUAUUGAGGAGGGGUUUAGCGAGAAGAUUAUUGUGCCGGGGGAGUCUACGAGUUGGGACGUAGAAUGGUGGAUGCGCGAGAAGAUCCAGUCGCUAAACUACACGACCUGGUUCCAACCCAGCGUGUACAUCCUCACCGGCGAGGGCUUCCCCGUCGCCGCCACCCAGCACCAUCCACACCAACCAUCCCUCCUCGACGACCCCCGAGCACCAGACCGCCCGAUCCAGUUCGGCGACCUGAUCCACACGGACUUCGGCGUAACCGCGCUGGGUCUCAACACCGACACCCAGCACCUCGGGUACGUGCUGUACCCGGGCGAGACCGACGCCGAUGUCCCGAAGGGCAUGCUCGAGGGGCUGAGGAAGGUGAACCGGCUGCAGGACAUCGUGAAGAGCAACAUGAAGAUCGGGCUGACGGGCAACGAGAUACUGAAGGCGUCGAGGGGGCAGAUGCGCAGCGAGGGGAUCGAGGGCAAGAUAUACUGCCACGCGACUGGAGAAUGGGGCCAUUCGGCCGGGACGGUUAUCGGCAUGACCAAUCUGCAGGACAGCGUUCCGGUACUCGGUGAUCUUCCAUUGUUGAAGAAUACAUACUACAGCAUUGAGCUUUUUGCGGAACACUUCGUCCCCGAGAGGAACAGAACCAUAAUGUUCCCGCAGGAGGAGGAUGUGUACUGGGACGACGAGUCAAAUAGCUGGGAAUGGGUCUACGGAAGACAGGAUACGCUGCUGCUUAUAAGAACACCUCGCAAGGCUGGCUCUGACAUACAAGAAGAGCUCUAA